UCUGGCCCAGACUUGGCCCGACUAAUACGGCCCCCUUCCGUGGAAGGAAUGAGACUCAGGUCGCGGAACGCGGCAGAGGAUGUGCUUCGGGCCGCCAGAUCUCACCUUCCUGUUUGAUCUCCCCGGCGAUGGCCAAGUCGGGAAAAUGGCCAUUAUAUUGAGAAAUGUAUAUAGUGUUAUCUGUGAGAAACAAGAGGCUAUGGUGGGAACCUCCCAUCUAACUAAAAGCCUUAUCAUUGGAGAGGAAAAAGAACAGAAUUGGUCACCUGCUCCACGAAGAAUGGGACACUCAUAAAAAAGACCCACACCAAGGGCUUGUCACCUGCUCCACCAAGAAAAGGGACUCAUGUUUUAGAUGAUGAACCCGAGAAAGAACCUCCUCGAAAGUGUCAUUCAUAGCAUCGGGAUUCAAGAUUCUUCGAUGCUUCGAGGAUGCCCUCUGCUUGCAAAAUUGAAUGUUCCACCUAAUGCCAGAUCAAGAGAUGUAAGCUUCCGUGUUGGUUCAUUCUAUAAGCUGAAGAGGAGAAUAAAUCUGAUUCAGUCACGUCUCUCGUAUCCAAAUAAAUACGGGGUGGAGAUCAAUGAACAGAAGUGGGAGAUGAUAUGCUUGAAUUGUGUCCAUCCGUUUAAUUUUCUUGUGUGAGAUGAGAUGUUCAUUAGAAUUUGUAGUUCAUACCAUAAGUCUGAUGGCGAGUGCGGUUUAAAUAAUAGUUUUCUGGUCGAUGUCUACCGAUCAAGAACCCAAAAUGCUGCUCUUUCACGAAUCCCGGUCGGCACCUCAAGUUUUUACCCAGGUAGAUUUGGUGACUCUAUGCCAGCGGUGAGCCGGGCCCCACUUCAAGGGAUGAGUAUAGAGCGGGCAUUUCUUUAUGAGGUUGGAAUGUCUCCGUCCUCACAUCAACUUGACCUUUUCGACCCGCCGUUCCUAUCCUGCCGUGUGUUCGCUCCUGUGAAAGUCUUCGCUCAUCUUCUACCUUCCCAAACUCUCUCCCCCUUGAGGUUGCUGAUCUCAGGAGCAGGAUUAAAUCCUUCCAAUUCUCUCAUCGGCUUCGCUUCGUCUCACCGUCGGGUUGUCCGUUGGAUCUGGUGGUUGCUUAAUUCUUCGAUGAACUGGAAUUAGCGACUGCAGAUGAUCGAACUUCAAACUGUCGUGUAAUUUUGCGUCAUGAAUGGAAUUCCGUCGUAUUUGACUGUGGUUCUUCACCGAGAAUUCACAGCGUGUCUACGGAUUACAUAGGGCAAUGCCAUCGGACAGGGAUGAGUCUGCGGUGGAAAUGGUCCCUGCAGUCCAAUUGCAUCAAGAUCCGGAUGCUCCUGAACACGUCGAUGAUGCUGUCAGCUUGAUUCGAUCGUUUCAGGUGUUAGGCCCAACGAGGCAUAGGAGGCAUGUUCUUGGUCUUCUGCGAGCUCCCUCCUUGGGGGGUUGGAUCGAGAAGCUCCAACUCUUUUCCCCUUCGAGGAUCUUCCGGCACACGGUGGAUGUAAGGGAGGAAGUCUCGCUUUCCGUUUCUUCUCCGGUCGAUUCACAGCGGCGCUUCGGCAUCAGCUUCCUCGGCAGCAUCAACUGGUCCUCCGUCUCAGCCAGCUUCAAGGAAUGGAUAGAACACCCGAGGAAUGCUGCUCUUCUCAUCUGGUUGAUCUGUGUGUCCGUCUCCACCGCCAUGCAGGGGUUGCUCCUCCUUGGACUACUGGAUGAAGCAUUCCCCACGAAGGCCUCGAGAAACCACUGGAUCGAGAUCAACAACCAAGUCCUGAAUGCUCUCUUCACCCUCAUGAGCUUGUAUCAGCAUCCGAGCCUGUUCCAUCACCUGGUCCUCCUGUGCAGAUGGAGACCGGAAGACAUCACGGCCCUUAGGAAGAUCUACUGCAAGGACGGCGCCUACCGGCCUCACGAGUGGGUUCAUAUGCUGGUCGUCCUCCUCCUCCUCCAAAUCACUUGCUUCGCCCAGUACAUCUCCUGCGGCCUCUACUGGGGAUACGCCAGCGAAGCCAGACCGGAGUUCGCGGAGAUCUUCUUCUUCGGCCUUGGAUUUGCAGCACCGGUGUUGGCUGGUGCUUACGCUGUGUACAGCCCACUGGGAAGGGAAUGUGACGCCGAGCUGGAUGAAGAAUCGCAGGGUGGUCCGAACCAUGAGCAAUCCAGUGUGAAGCUUAGCAUCAGGUUACACAAGCUGAGGGCUCUGGUGAGCGACCCCAAGUGGGCAGGGGGGUUAUUCGAUUGCAGUGAUGAUAUCACCGUGAGCUUCCUUUCCUGCUUCUGCACCUUCUGUGUCUUCGGAUGGAACAUGGAAAGGCUGGGCUUCGGAAACAUGUACGUCCAUAUCACCACCUUCCUUCUUCUGUGCUUUGCUCCUUUCUGGAUCUUCAACAUCUCAGCCCUCAACAUCCACGACAACGUCAUAGGAGACAUGGUGGGGAUCGCAGGCAUCGUGCUCUGUGUGUUUGGUCUGCUCUAUGGUGGUUUCUGGAGGAUCCAAAUGAGGAAAAGAUUCAGACUUCCCGGCAAUGAGCUUUGUUGCGGAUCGAAAUCGCUCACCGACUACCUUCAAUGGCUGUUCUGCUGGUCGUGCUCGCUGGCUCAGGAGGUGCGCACCGGGAACUCAUACGAAGUAGAGGACGACAGCCUUUACAGAAAGCAUUCGGAGGACGAGGAGGAGGACAUCCAUCCCUUUCUGCAUCCUCUGCCUCGCGAGAGCGGUCUGAAUUCACUCGGCAAGUUGCAGUAUGAUUCCUCGCGUCUGAUCUCUUAUCCAGCUAAAUCGCCGGCGUCUACGGCUGCAGCGGCUGAGUCUAAGAGUCAGGAAGAUGAGCCUCACGACAUCAAGGAAGCGUCUUUGGUGUUAGAUUUCGGUGGCAAUAUGAAACCUCCCUUGCAACAACUGAUACUAUCAAAAGAUCCAAUGAAUGUUUAGUUGCAGAUGCCCGCAUCGAUCGGCCAAAUGCAGAUCACAUGUUCAAGUUCGACACGAAUUGUUUGAGGAGGUCGCAAUCCAGGAAGAAGAACCACAUAGCUGCUGCCUUGUAUUCUUCAUCUCCAUCAAUUUUCUGAGUGAUUUUUUCUUCCAAAGAUCAAGGAAAAUUACUUGAAUUCUGACC